CAUUGUUGUAGUCGCGGUAUACGCUGUUUUGUUAUUACUUUGUGUAAUAUUCCCAGCGGAAGGGGCAUUUUUGUAUUCGUGUCAUUUUGGGUGAAAAAAUGGCCCUAAAAAGACAAGCCUCGCUCUGUUUUGUGUUCGGUUUUGCUCUGUUUUUCGAGAUAACCGCUGCGGACCUCAGCUAUUCUGCACCGGAGGAGAUGAGACCGGGAUCCAUUGUUGGGAAUAUUGCCAAGGAUCUCGGCCUGGAAGUAGCAAAAUUGUUCACUCGUAAAGCCCGGAUUGAUACAGAGGAAAACUACCAGCAUUACUGCGACAUUGACCUCAAGACUGGAAAUUUUGUCAUCAGGGAGAAGAUUGACAGGGAGGAGCUGUGCGGGGAGAGGCUUUCGUGCAUGCUUAAAUUUGAAUUAGUCGUGGAGAGCCCUUUGGAGCUGCACCGUAUUUCACUGCUUAUUCUGGAUGUAAACGACAAUUCACCAGUUUUCCCCAAAGAUACAGUUAAGUUGGAAAUAGGAGAAUCAGCAGUUAAAGGAGCUCGAUACCGCGUCAAUGAAGCACAUGAUGUAGAUAUUGGGCAGAACGCAGUCAAAGAAUACAGUUUACAAAAGAAUGACCAUUUUGUUUUAUCUGUUCGAGAAGAUGCUGAUGGGACUAAGAGCAUCGAGCUGGUGCUAGAUAAAGAGCUAGACCGCGAAAAGGAGCACGAUUUAAAUUUCAUCCUGACUGCAGUCGAUGGUGGAAAUCCACAGAGGUCAGGAAGUGCCGUUAUACACGUUACUGUGUUGGAUGCUAACGAUAACGCGCCAGUGUUUGACCAGGCCGUUUACAAAGCCAAUCUACCUGAAAAUUCAAAUCUUAACACUUUAGUUGUAAUUGUAAGCGCAACUGAUGCAGAUGAAGGAGUGAACGGAGAGGUGUCGUACGAAUUUAAUCGCAUCACAGAAAGAGCUAAAAGGGUUUUUUCACUGGACAGUAAAACAGGAGAGAUAAAGGUCACAGGAAUGCUUGAUUUUGAGACAAAUUCAAAAUAUGAGAUGCGUAUAGAGGCCAAAGAUGGUUAUGGGCUUUCAUCCGACGCUAAAGUAAUGAUCGAUAUCACCGAUGUUAAUGACAAUGCACCAGUAAUAUAUAUAAAGUCACUAAUGAACCCCCCUGCAGAGAACGUGCCGCCUGGUACAGAGGUGGGCAUCAUUAACGUGCAGGACAAAGACUCUGAGUAUAAUGGACAGGUCCGCUGCUCCAUCCAGCAGGGUGUCCCCUUUAAGUUGGUUCCUUCUAUUAAAAACUAUUAUUCUCUGGUGAGCACAGGACAACUAGACCGCGAACUAGUGUCUGAUUACAACAUUACAAUCACUGCCACUGACGAGGGCUCUCCACCUCUGUCCUCUUCUAAAUGUGUUCAGUUAUCUGUAGCUGAUAUCAACGACAACCCACCUGUGUUUGAGGAACAAUCGUACAGUGCAUAUGUGAGUGAGAAUAACAAACCGGGCUCCACUUUAUGUUCUGUUAGUGCUCGAGACCCCGACUGGAGACAGAACGGUACAGUGGUAUAUUCUCUGUUAGCUGGUGAGGUGAACGGUGCCCCUGUGUCCUCCUAUCUGUCUGUGAACGGAGAUACGGGUGUGAUCCACGCUGUGAGGUCGUUUGAUUAUGAACAGUUCAGGAGCUUCAAAGUCCACGUGAUGGCCAGAGACAAUGGUUCUCCUCCUCUAAGCAGCAACGUGACCGUGAGUGUGUUCAUCUCAGAUGUGAAUGACAACUCUCCUCAGAUCCUGUACCCCCCGGAGGGCAACUCCUUCAUGACCGAGCUGGUCCCCAAAGCUGCACACGGAGGCUCUCUGGUGUCCAAAGUGAUCGCGGUGGACGCUGACUCCGGACAGAACGCCUGGCUGUCCUAUCAAAUAGUCAAAUCCACUGAUCCGGGACUUUUUACUAUUGGUGUCCACAGCGGAGAGAUCAGGACACAGCGGGACAUUUCUGAAUCUGACAGCAUGAAACAGAACCUUGUAGUGGCAGUGAAAGAUAACGGACAGCCCUCUCUGUCUGCCACCUGUUCCAUGUAUUUACUUAUUUCUGAUAACUUGGCUGAGGUACCAGAACUGAAGGAUCUGUCUUAUAAUGAGAGCAAUUCCAAACUGACCUCUUAUCUGAUCAUCGCGCUGGUGUCUGUGUCUACGUUUUUUCUGACUUUCAUCAUCAUCAUCCUGGGUUUGAGGUUUUGUCGCAGGAGAAAGCCCAGACUGUUGUUUGACGGAGCAGUUGCCAUCCCCAGCGGUUAUCUCCCUCCUAAUUACGCAGAUGUUGAUGGCACAGGAACUUUACGCAGCACUUACAAUUAUGACGCGUACCUGACCACGGGAUCUAGAACCAGUGACUUUAAGUUUGUGACAUCGUACAAUGACAACACGCUGCCUGCUGACCAGACUCUGAAGAAAAGUCCAUCAGACUUUGCUGAAAUGUUUGAUAAUCCAGAUGAGUCUGUAGAGCAAAAGCCUCCCAACAAUGACUGGCGCUUCACACAGGGACAAAGACCCGGACCUAGCGGUCCCCACAUGCCGUACGGUACACACAUACGAUGGACGCCGAAGAAUGGGACAAGGGCAACUGGAGGACCUGAGGUUGCCAUGGGAACUGGCCCCUGGCCCCAGCCCCCUACUGAAGCUGAGCAGCUCCAAGCCCUGAUGGCUGCAGCCAACGAAGUGAGUGAGGCUACAGCCACCCUCGGGCCCGGCACUAUGGGCUUGAGCACCCGCUACAGCCCCCAGUUCACUCUGCAGCACGUGCCAGACUAUCGUCAGAACGUCUACAUCCCAGGCAGCACGGCCACCCUCACCUCAAACCCCCAGCAGCAGCAGGCCACGGCCCAGCAGGCCACCCAACAGGCACUGCCCCCUCCUCAGGCCUCAGCUCAACCAGAGCCCCCUAAGGCCGCCCAAACUCCAGCCUCCAAGAAGAAGUCCACCAAGAAGGAGAAGAAGUAGAUGUGAAUAGGUGAAGGAAUGAUCAACCUGGGCCUGAUCUGAUGAGAAAUUAACCCUCCACACCCCACCAUUAGAUAUCUUAAAUAUUGACAGCAAAUCACUUGUGACCACAUGAGCGAUUUUGAAAGUUCUUUGAAAGUGUCUUGAAUGCCUCAAAGAAUCUGAAUGUGUUGAAAGCUGUUAGUGUUUCUAACUUGUGCUGUGCUUAAGGUCUAUUAUUGUUCACAUAACCGUUGUUGGUAGAUAUAUUUGGCUGGGUGUGGGGGGUUACUGUCCCCCGCCCAUAUUUCUUUCUCUUUUUUUGGCAAAAAUACAAAACAAAAACUUGGACAAAGAGAUUCAGUGUAAGCAACCUUGCUGGGAUGACAAGACUAUACGCAGUGAUGUAUUCAGAAAUGAAAUGUUAAUGUCUUUCACGUUGGAUUUUUUCAUGCACUUUCCAUGAAGUGGAAAGUCAGCUGUUGUAAAGUACGUUAGUUGCCAUCCAUUAGAUUGCUAAUAGGGUCAGCAUUGCUGGGUCUUAAAGCGUUAAGUCCUUUGACUUUAAGGCUGUUGUUUGACAAGUAUUACAAACUCUUCUGCAUGCUCAUUAAGGUUCAAACCACAUAUACUAGUUUAGAAUUGCAAACUAUGCAUUGCAAAAGCAGAGGAGGAGGACAUCUUGAAUCUAUUAUCGUCCCUCCAAUCGCAGGUCAAUAUAAUGCACAUGUAGCAUUUACUUGACGCAAAAUGAAAAUUACUUUUGUAAUCGUAGUUUAAAAAAAACAGAUUUUAAUCUUCUGAUAUUUUUAUGACCUGAGCAUGCACCCAGAGGAAGGGCUGGCAAAGAGUGGGGGUUGCACGGCGCUGUGUCGUGGAGUCACGAGCCAUGCUGUCCAUAUCAGUGGUACAGCAGCAGAGACUGGCUUCUUCUGCAACACCUCCAAGAUGGGCACAGAUAUGUCUUGCUGCCCCGCACCCCCCUGCCCUCCCCUCCUCACACUCAGCUCGUGUCCCUCCCUCAUUCACCACCCCCAUAUUGAGAGCCAAACAAAAAGAAAUGCACUGUUAGUAUUCUUAAGAUGAUGUAGGGGUUGUAAUCACUUCAGUCUUUAGGGAAACAUGUAGAUGUGGUAAACUUAAGUGCUUAGGAGUUUCUAGACACCUUGCGGGCCUUUAGGGCCUCUAUGGAGUAUUUUCCUUCACCAUCCUCAAGUGCUGAAGAAACGUCUUGAUGUGGCACAGUAUCAUGUCUUUUCUUUGGGAGAUAACGAUUCGAUAGCAUAGAGAAAGUGUUUGUAUAAGAUAUGAAGUUUUUACAUUGCCGUCUAUCCUUCUGUCAAACUCCUGGACACGUACAACAGCAUGAAGAAAAAAAAGGCAGCUUGCAGGGUGGGUUAGGGAGAGUGGAAGUGGUAUGGUGAGAGGUAAGCAGACUGAGGUGGCACCAUUGUAUCGAUCAGGGGGUGGUAAACAUCCUUGGCUCUACCCACUGAAUGUACAGAGGAACCACAGUUGACCUGCCCACCCCAGAAACUCUCUCAAAUGCACUGACUGUAGUAGAGGUCAACAGAGCCAAGCGCAGUUGUCCCUGUUGGUGAGGAGAUGCCACUCACAAGCCCUUUGAAAUCUCUCUCUUCCAUUGACACCAAUGGGAAACCUCAACCUCUUCACCCCUCACCUCCCGCCCUCUACUCCCUAGUCCUGUGAGGCUCUUCCCCACUGUAAAUAAACACAAGUCCUGUCGAUGGUAUGAGCCAGGUGUUUGUAUAGUAGGGACCAUGUCCAACAUUUUCAAAAUAAAAGUCCCUCUCCACAAGGCGUGGCUUACUACUGGAAUGUGUUGCAUUUUGUUUUUAAGAAAAAAAAAUUAAGAAAACCACAGUUAAAAAAAAACAAUAAUAAAAAAAAAAAUUGAGAUGUUCUUCAGCAGUUUGUGUUGCAAUGUAGUAACUAAGCACCAUGGAAGCCAACUAACACUUAAGUGUAAAUAACUGAUAAAGAUAACUUUAGAUAAGUAAAAGAAGUGACACACGUAGACUAGUUAACUUGUGGUAUGUGUUGCGCAUAUUUUUGUGUUUAUUUUCCCUCUACUAUCUUUUAUCACCCUGUAAAGAUACAAAAGAAAAGAAAAAAAAAUAUGGAAAAGUUUCUAUCCUUCUGUAACCUCUUAAUGUUCUUUUGCGGUGAUUUUAUCUUGUGCAUUUGUGAAAGAAUGCCUCUCAUUCUCUUUCUGUCCAUAUGAACAAAUGAUUAUAAAUAUUAUAUAUGUGUAAGUCCGUCCGCUGCUGAAUUAAUCCUACUCUAUCCUGCUGUAUUAUCUUUCUUAUCAAAUGCUUAAACCCCACGCUAUACCCCUGUGUUACUCUCUUAUUUUUAUGCUAAUAUUUAUAUUGCUGUUUUAUUUUCUCUUGAACACUGACAUUUCAAAUAAAAAGAUUCAUUUUAAAAUUA